ACUCCGAGCAAUACUAAGAAAGGAAAAAAAAAAAAGCCAAAAGCGAUCGACUCGAGCCAUUCAACGCCCAAGCCGAACCCCUGACCCACGCAAACCCAGAUCAACAUUGGCAGAUAGCAUGAUAGCACUGCGGACUAGAAGGCGAAAGAAGACGCCAUCGAUGGGAAAAGAAUGGAGAAGUCGAGACUCCAGCCGCAUUAGACAUCAUGACCAAAGCAAAGGGGAGCAAACUAGGCCAUGCUUAUCCCACGCCCCUUGCCGAAAAAAGCUCCACUUGCAUUGGCAGCAACACACUCUUUUGAGCCGAGACGGGCGAGUCACAGCAGAGUUUGGGACACAAUUGCCACACAGCCUAGCAAUUGCCAAGUGGAUAUUCUCUUUUUCCUCUUCGUAUUUUGGGCCCUGAAGAUCAAGUACAAGGCGGAAAGAACUGUCCCGGAAUGUAACUUUUUUUUUUUUUCUUUAAUCAGGGUCUGCUUCUUUCCGCAUAUUCGAUAUACACUUAGAUACAAGUCCAUACUACAGUAAAGCUAUUGAUAGUAAAAGAAACUUAAACCACUCAGCUCGAG